GGAGCGUCCCAGGAUGAAGGCCUCGGGACAAAAGCAGUUCCGUAGACGCCCCAAGGCUGGGCGUCGAGUGACUGCAGGCGGAGGUCACCAGCGGCCGCUCCCCGGAAGCCACCCACGGACCGCACGCGCCCCUGCACGCGGAGGGGGCCCGGGCUCCACGGGCGAGCGGCGACCCUGUCUCCCGAAGAGGGCGCGGCCUGCCCUGCGCGCCUCAGCCCGGGGUGCCGGCGUCUGGGCCCGCACCGCCAAGUCUCUCUCCGGAGGGGAAGGGAUGGUCGGGUUUACCCCAUGUCCCUUCCUUUGACCGCUCCCUCAAGAGCGCCCCGGGACACCACGCCCGUGGCUCAGCCUCCCCCGCCCCGCGCUGCCCUCUCCUCAGGGCCAGGCAGCAGGCUCCCGAGCGCCCACAGCCCCGGGCUGCGGCCCGGCCCACAACCGUCACCUCAGGCGCCUCAGGCGCUCAGCAUUGCUGGGCGGGGCAAGGGCACCACCGGGAGCAUGCGCAGAGCGCCCGUUUCACCCAUCGCGCAUGCUCACACACCUACCCCGCCCCCACGCUGCGUGCCUCCCCUGUGUUCCGCCACGCCCGCCAUGGCGGCGGCCCCGGCCGGCUCUGGCCCCGCCCCUCGGUGACGCGCUGCGAGUCACCUGACGAGGCUGCGGGCUGAGAAGACACAAGGGAAGUAGCUAUCGCCAGAGUCGGAUUCGCCGCCGCAGCCGCCGCCGCCCCCAGGAGCCGCCGGGACCCUCGCGUCGUCGCCGCCGCCGCCCAGAUCCCCGCACCAUGCCGUCGGAGAAGACUUUCAAGCAGCGCCGCACCUUCGAACAAAGAGUAGAAGAUGUCCGACUUAUUCGAGAGCAGCAUCCAACCAAAAUCCCGGUGAUAAUAGAACGAUACAAGGGUGAGAAGCAGCUUCCUGUCCUGGAUAAAACAAAGUUCCUUGUACCUGACCAUGUCAACAUGAGUGAGCUCAUCAAGAUAAUUAGAAGGCGCUUACAGCUCAAUGCUAAUCAAGCCUUCUUCCUGUUGGUGAACGGCCACAGCAUGGUCAGCGUCUCCACACCAAUCUCAGAGGUGUAUGAGAGUGAGAAAGAUGAAGAUGGAUUCCUGUACAUGGUCUAUGCCUCCCAGGAGACGUUUGGGAUGAAAUUGUCAGUGUAAAACUAGAAAAAUACAUCUAUUCUAGAAUUUUUUAAACCCUUACCAAGGAAAAAAAAGGGAUGUUACCAACUGAGAUGGAUCAGUUCAUCUAAUCACAGAUCAUCCAACAGUAGUGUUCCCACCUAGGAGUGUUAGGAAGUUGUGUUUGUGUUUCAAGCAGAAAACUGAGCUCCAAGUGAGCAUGUUCAGCUUUGGAAACUAUAUUAUUUAAUGUAGGCUAGCUUGUUUUCAGAUUUUAAAAAUUUAAAAAUAAAAUACUUUGCAUUCUAAGUUGCCAAUAAAAUACACCUUCAAGUUAUUUUAAUGCUCUUUUCUCACUAAUAGGAACUUGCAAUUCCAGGAGUAAUAUAAAGGCUUUCAGAGAGACCCUGAGUCUUCUCUUCAGGUUCACAGAACCCGCCGCCUUUUCGGGUAGAAGUUUUCUACUCAGCUAGAGAGAUCUCCCUAAGAAGAUCUUUAGGCCUGAGUUGUGAAGCGUAACCCCCGCAAAAUGCAUUUGCCAUCAGAGUUGGCACAAAUGCAGGGUAAAUGAGGUGUAAGAAAACGGCCCUGACUGUAAACUGCUGGAGGUCCCCAGCUUCUAACAGAACCACACCCAAAGUCCACACUCUUGCAGGGGUAGACAUUUCUGGUUUGUUCUCUAGAUAGUUACACACAUAAAGACUCCACUCAAAAGGAAACUUGAAUAAUUUAUAAUUUUGAUCUAGUUUCUUAAAAGACCCUGGAGAAAGAGUGGCAUUUCUUCUGUUUCAGGUUUUAAGUUCAAACUGGUGCCUGUGUUGUUACGGAAAGCAGCAGAGUACCAGUGUCAUUCUGGAAGAUAGCGGUAGAAACCACAAAAUGGUGUACCUGAAAGCAUUAACAUUCAGACACACUCGCUUCUGCCUUCUGGCUUAAAGCUAUGGAUGAUUCAUGUUUUUUAGUGUUAAAUGUAUAACUCGAUAUUACUGAAAAGGUUCCCACAUUUUGAAUAGUAGUUGUCACUGUUAGGUCAGCCAGCCAUCAGAAUUCUCCCACACUAAGUGCAUGUCAGUUGUGGAGAAAACAUAGCAAAAAGAGCCAUACGCUCUUUACAGAUACUAAUGUCAAGAGUUAAACCUCCUCAGGUUCAACCUGUGAUAAAAGACCAGUGCUUCCCACUACCUGCAUGUGGUUCGCUUUUAUAAUUUUCUUGGGAGUAUCACAGGAAAAUCACAGUUACACCACUUUAGACCCUAUGUGUAGCAGGUCACAACUUCCCCUUGUGUGUGUAGAUGUGUAUGGAACACCUGUGUACAUUAGUGAAAGCUGUUUACUGUAACGGGGAAAACCAGAUUCCUUGCAUCUGGGCCCUCUACUGAUUGUUAAAGGAGUUCCUGUCACCUGCUCUCCCCCAGUGCAUGCGUCUGUCCACCUGGCUAACUUUUAAUAUGUGUAUUUUUACAUUAUGUAAAUUCUUAACUGGCCUGUCUCAUUUAGACUGUAUACAUCAUAUCUGACAUUAUUGUAACUACUGUGUGAUCAGUAAGAUUCCUAUAAGAAAUACUGCUUUUUUAAAAAAAAAAAAAAAAAAAGUAACAUGCUGAGGGGUGACCUAUAUCCCAUGUGAGUGGUCACUUUAUUUAUAGGAUCUUUAAAACAAGUACAUUUUUAAUGAACUAAGUUGAAUAAAGGCACAAUUAAAAACUCA